UUGGGGGUGGAUAGGGGGGUGUUGGGAAUGGAGAAAUUCUAAGAUGGUUGGAGUCCAUGGCGGGACCUUGGGUUCUCUGCAUACUCCAUAGCUCAACUUUGUCACCUCACAUCCCUCAUAACGGAACGCUCUGCGUCCCUGGAACCAAGCGAACAUGGUCUCCCGAAUCCCCGCCUAUCAACUAUUACAUUAUCCUCACUUUCACCACACCCCGCCCCCGUUUAUCCCUACUCCACCCUCCCCUUCCCUCAUGGAGGAGUAGAGGAGAAGUAGAGGAGAAGAGUUGGAUGCGAAAUGAACCUGAACAGGCCAUUGGACAAUCCCACAACGGUGAUGGGUCAAUGAAAGAAAACUCUAACGCGAAAGCUCCAGACAGUGGCUUCGAUCGGAUUCGGUGUAGCCUGCAGUGAGAUAUUAUAGCCUUAAUCGACGCCAUAAGUCAAGGAGAGGCGGGAGAAAGACUACUGUAUUACGGAACAAAACAAUAUAGAGCGAAGUGUUCAAAAUAAUGGCUAAGCAAACCAUUUGUGAAGAUGUUGUGCCCAAUUCCUGGCGACCUGUUGAAGGCGACGCGUUCCUCCGGGGGGGAUAAAAUUGAGUGGCAUUUCUUGGCAUUCGAUCUACUCCAACUCUCUGUACAAUCUUCUAUCAUCGAUUGAAGCACCUAGCGCAAUCCCCCGAUCUCAACCUAAUUGAGGCAUUUUGGGGUUUCAUUAAACAGCGCAUAAAAUGCAGGUUAUGGGAGUCAUUGGACGAGCUCAAACAGAUCUUGAUUGAGGAGUGGGAAAAGAUCACGAUGGAGGAGAUUCG